GACAAACGUGUUUUAUGAUUUCGUUCCUUGAAUUUCCGUCCCGUAACUCCCGUACAAAUAUCGUUUCAAGUUCCAAGUGGAACGCAGAGUGGAACGUGUUACUUUUGUCGCGAGGAGCGCUACAGUCCGCUACUCGAUGGUAGCGCUACAGUGGAACGGUUCCUACAGUAACGACCCAUCUCUUCAAGAGGAGCGGUUGUGGCUGCUCCGUCAGGAAGGUUUCGAUGAGGUGGAAAUAGAAUUCUUUUUCGGGGCCUCCUCCGAAGAUGAAGACGGGGAGGCACAGGGCACGUUUACGCCCGAACGUAUCCAGGAGAUUUAUCGGGAGGCGCGACGUCUCCAUUUUGCAAGGGGGCGCCGCGCCCGCGGUGGUCGCCGGCGCUCAGCAGCACCUCAGGCGACCCAGCCAUCGGCCCCCGUAACUGGCCAACAGGACGCGAAACUGGCACCUGAGUAGGCUAGUUAGUUA